UUGGUGAAAACAAACAGCCUGAUCAGUUCUUCAAACUUACCUGGCCUACUUCAUAUAAAACCUUCUGAUAAUUUAUAACAGCCCAAGGAUAAGCAUGGAAUCUUCACAGAUAUCAUCCAACAGUACCGCCACUGACAGGAUAAAUAGUGCUCUCGCUACACUCAGGAGAGAUAUGCUUGACCUCAGACAACAAGAUGUCCAGUUGAUGCAGCAGCUCAUACGUAUCAACGCCAAUAUAAAGACGCUGACCAAACGACGGCCAAAUUCUGGCAGACAACGCAAAACGAAAUACUCGUUGCUGAACGGGCGAAAGAAAUUCAUCAGCCUGAAUGAAUCGAUUCCAGAAGAAGACUCGAGUUCUGCUGAUUCUGACAGUGACGCCAGUCUGUCUGGUAACGAUAAUUAACCUGGCGACACGUUCCAAUUUCUGGCUUGCUGAGCUAUAAAAGUAGUUGGACGCACAUGCAUUUAGUCACCAAAGGUAGUUCAAAAACUUUACAGUGCUUUCCAUGCUGAACAAGAACUACAUCUCGAUUCAGAUAUGUAUAUAUAUGUUUGGACAUUCCACAAAUGUGUAACGAAGAAGUUUUGAACAACCUACGGAUAUUCGAAUAUAUCAAAUGUUUGUCCGACAUUCGGGACAUUGCUUUAAUCCAGUUGAUGAAAAAACGCACAAUUCAAACUACCUCAGGAAUGUUUUUCUUAACAUUGAACGGUAAAACAAAAGUUAUGGUGAAGAAGCUAUUCAGAUACAUGUCUGUAAUUGUGUGAGAUGACUUUUGCUCAAAUCUGCCAUAUUUUAAAUAACUGUGUUCAAAUAGUACGAAUGUAUGUAUGUUUUACGACACAAAGGCGUAUUAAGUAGUCUGAAAGUAAAGUAAAUCUGGUAUGCACAUGUUAAUACAAUCUACACCUGACAAAAAUACUUUGGUCAAGUAUUUACAAGUACAUGAUUUUAUCAAAAUAGAGCGUGUAUUGCUUAAAGAUAUAUGGUCAUGCAUGAAAUAGAUGCUCCUAUAUGAAUGAGAAUUUACAUUAUUACAUUGGUUAAUAUGUGCACAUAUGAAUGAAUGGGAAAAUACACAAACGCAAUAUUCAGAUGUGUGCAUGUUUAUUGUCAAAAUAUGUGGACAAGAAUACCGACUUUGGGAAA